CUCCGUGCCACCUACGGCCCCGUGUUCACGGUGUACAUGGGCAGCAAGCCGGUCGUGGUGCUGUGCGGCCACGCGGCCGUGCGCGAGGCGCUGGUGGAGCAGGCCGAGGCCUUCGGCGGCCGCGCGCAGAUGCCCACGCUGAAAGAUUUCUUCCAGGAAUACGGGGUGGUGUUCGCCAACGGCGAGCGCUGGCGGCAGCUGCGGCGCUUCUCGCUCACCGUCCUGCGCGACUUCGGCAUGGGCAAGCGCACCAUCGAGGAGCGCAUCCAGGAGGAGGCCACGUUCCUGCUGCGCGAGCUGCAGCGCACCCAAGAGAAGCCCUUCGACCCCACGUACCUGCUGAGCCAGGCGGUGUCCAACGUCAUCUGCUCCAUCGUCUUCGGCAACCGCUUCGACUACGAGGACAAGGAAUUCCAGGAGAUGCUGCAGCUCAUGAACGAGAUCUUCCGCGAGAUCAGCACGCCCCGGGCGCAGUUCCACGACAUGAGCAACGGCCUCUUGGAGCUGCUGCCCGGGCCCCACCGCACGAUCUCGCGGCUGCUCGAGCGCAUGCGGCUCUUCGUCGCCCGCCGCGUGCGGCAAAACCGCGACACGCUCGACCCCGCCGCCCCCCGCGACUUCAUCGACUGCUUCCUCCUGCAGAUGGAGAAGGACAAGGACAAGCCGGGCUCGGAGUUCACCGAGCGCAACCUGGAGCUCACCACGCUCAACCUCUUCUUCGCCGGCACCGAGACCGUGAGCUCCACGCUGCGCUUCGGCUUCCUGUUCCUCAUGAAGCACCCCGAGGUGCAAGGUGACAACGAGGAG